CGCGGUCGUGACGUAAGCGCCGGUAACCGGCGGCAAUUGGGCGAGCCGAGCCGCGGCGUUCGUUCGGGCCGCGCGACAUUCCGGCCGCUGCGGCACUCUGGAUCUCGACGCGGCGUCUUCUGCUGUGACAGUCGUGGUAGACGACGGUAUAGCUUCCCGACGCGCACCUAACUAGCGAGAUACCCGAGGGUUCCGAGGAUAAAGCACUCCCGAGACGGAAGAGAGAGAUCGGACGGAUGGCUGGAACGAUGUCGCCGUCACAGGUCGAGCUGGAUGAAACAGCUGUGGAGAACUUUCGCGAGUACCUGCGGAUACCAUCGGUGCAGCCGAAUAUUAAUUACGAUGCGUGUGUGGUAUUUUUAAAAAAACAAGCGCAGUCACUCGAAUUGCCGAUCAAGAUUUAUCAUGUACAUCCCGAGAAACCGAUCGUGAUUCUCACAUGGACAGGAACGCAACCGGCGAAGCCAUCGAUUCUCUUGAACAGUCACAUGGACGUUGUACCUGUCUUCGAGGACAAAUGGACCUAUCCACCGUUCAGCGCUCACAUGGACGAGCAGGGUAACAUCUAUGCUCGCGGUAGCCAGGACAUGAAAUGCGUCGGAAUACAGUAUUUAGAAGCGAUUCGCAGAUUGAAGUUGAAAGGACAACGUUGCGAGCGCACCAUUCACAUCUCCUUCAUGCCGGACGAGGAGAUUGGCGGUGUUCUAGGGAUGAAAGAUUUCGUACACACCGCGGACUUCAAAGCUUUGAACGUCGGUUUUUCCUUGGACGAGGGUGUGGCCUGUCCGAAGGAUCACUUCUACAUGUUCAACGGAGAGAGACCGAUCUGGCACGUGGGUAUAAAAUGCGCUGGCAGUACCGGUCACGGCUCGAUUAUGCUGGAUAAUACGGCCGGGGAGAAAUUGAGAGUCAUAAUCGACCGUUUCAUGGAGUUCAGAGGAGCCGAGAAAGCGAAGCUGAAAGAUCCCAAGAACCAACUUGGCGAUGUAACGUCUGUUAAUCUUACGAAAAUUUCGGGUGGUAUACAGACUAAUGUUAUACCCGCCGAGUUCUACGCUACAUUCGACAUUCGUAUAACACCCAGUGUCGAUCACGAAGAAUUCGAGGCUACUAUCAAACGCUGGUGCGAGGAAGCCGGUCCAGACGUAACCUAUUCCUUCGAAAAGAAAGAUCCCAAAAUCGAGAAUACGAAGCUUGAUGAUUCUAAUCCUUUUUGGCUCGCUUUUAAAAAGUGCUGCGACGAAAUAGGUGUCGAGCUGCAAAUUGGUAUCUUUCCAGGAGGCACAGAUAGCCGUUUUGUGCGCGAGGUGGGAAUUCCUUCUAUCUGCUUUUCGCCAAUGAACAAUACAAAGAUACUUCUUCAUGAUCACAAUGAAUAUUUAAACAAAGACAUAUUUCUGAAAGGAGUAGAAAUAUAUACCAAAAUAAUACCGGCUGUUGCGAGUGCUUAAACUUGCACGCUAUAUAUUAUACUAUAAAAGACUAAAAGAUGCCAUAAUCAUAUAUAGAACUAGUGGCGGCUCAUUCUGCAAACCUGCCAAUGGUAUUAAUCUGAGUCUUCUUGAGCUUAUAAGCAAAUCAUAUGUGCAAUACUAUACUAAGUCGAUAUAUAUCUAUACUACAUUUAUAUAUAUUAAUGUUAUGCAAUUCUAAAAGUUUACGAUUGUUGGAUAUAUUUAUCUUGAAGAAGUAUAUUUUCAAGCGAAGAAAGACGAAUGAUACAUGAAUACUUAUGAAGAAACAAACAUAUGAGUAAAGAUUCAAGUCUAACAACGAAUAACAGGACAUGAAGAGAUAUCAAGUAUUAACUGAUGUAAAAGGAUGAAUGGAAGAAAACGCAAACAACAACAUCAAGACAAUAUGGUAUCAAGAUAUUAGUAGAAAAUUGGAUGGCCAGAUAAUCAUCGAUUACGAAGACGAAAUGCACAGUUUUUAUUUACCUGUAUGAAAGUAGAGUAUGAAAACAAUGGUGCUAUAAGUAUAUGUUCUACUGGGACCAAAGCAGUGCGUGCAUAUUGCUCAAUAUAGAGAUUCCCUUUGAAAUACGUAAAGCUAUAAAGUAUAUAUAUGUGAGAGAGUGUUGUCUUAUACCAAAUAUUUUUAUAAGAUUGAACAUAAGUAUAUGUGUAUAUAUGCUUAUGAGAGAGUCUGAAGCAAUAAGAAAACUAAAGAUAUUAAUAUAUAUACAUUGAAAUAAUUGAGCUACUGAAUAAACUGAGAUAUGAUUGGCAAAUGUGUUCUAAUACAUAUUAUAA